AUGAUUCGCAAAGUAAAAGGUAGAACAUUUCAUUUGCCUCUGCCUUUACAAGAAACUUUGGAUAAUGUAUGUCCUCCGGAAGAUUCUAUCAAUUUGAAUCACAAGUUGUACAUCCUAGUUCGAGGUAUACCUAAAACGUCUAAAGUUGUUUGGGAAAAUUUAGUGGAUAUUAACAAAGUGUACAAGGCUUUACAAUGGUUGAAAGACCAUAAUCCUCACUACUCGAAAAUUCGUCUUCCAGCGUCGGCUGACGAUCUUAUAAAUGAUAAGUUACCACAAACGGAAUAUCGGAUCGUUCAUGACGAAAGCGAUAGUGAUGAAAUAGAGGAGAUGGUUGAGGCGCUGUCGAGGUGUACUGUACAUAACAAGCAUAACGAAGAUAACAAUAAUGAAACCGUUUUAAAACGUAAAGCUUUCCUCAUGCAAAUUACUAUAGAUUCAGGUAUUAAUGAUCAGUAUACAAUAUACCCAAUGCACGCAAAAAGAAUCGGUAACGAAUCUGCAUUGAAACUCUAUCAAAUGUUGAAAAUUGAAGAUGUUCCAAUGGAUAAUCAUUAUAAAUAUCUGGAUGUCAUGUCUUUCCCCGAUUUAUAUUCCGAGGGUGUCAAUGGACAACGAGAAGAUAGAAACUUUGCAUUGCCGGAAUAUUUAUUUGUCGGAGCGCGGUUGAUGUCGAAACACAGUAGAUUCAGGACGAAUCUGCAGUAUUUGUUCUUUCUUCUGAAUGAUGCUAACUACCGACAAUUGAAAAAUGGAAUGUAUUAUACGAUGAUGGUUGCUAAUCCACGAGAGAGGUACACUGCUGGUAGGUACUUGAACGAAUUGAAAGACAAUCAAUUGGAAUCGAAUUUAAUGAGUAUUUUUGCAAAACUGAGAAAUACGGAUCAAUUUUGGCGACAACCGUCCAAUAAUGUAAAGUGUAUGACUCUGCAUUAUGGUCCGGCGACGUGGUUUUUAACUUUAAGUCCUAGUGAAUGGAAAUGGUCCGAUUUGGCUGAAUAUUUACGAGACAUGAAUUCCGAUAAGGAGAAGUUGGGUAUCAGCGAACUAAUCGCAUACGAUCCGGUGGGUACGUCUAGAUUCAUGUGUAUAAAAUUUAAAGCCAUGAUUGAUUUUAUUUGUUCGUCCGACUACCCAAUAGGAGAGGUCAUUCAUUACUUCUGGCGACUGGAAUAUCAAAGUAGAGGUAUCCAGCACGUACACUGUAUGAUUUGGAUAAAAGAUGCUCCAGUACUCGGAAAAUCGUCAAAUGAGGAAGUUGUUGCGUUCAUUCGAAAAUACGUGACGUGCGAAAUUCCAGACGAAAGCGUUUCGCCAAUGUUGUACGAAACGGUUAUAAGUGAUCAAAAUCAUAAACAUAACUCGUAUUGCAUGCGUACGAAGAAAACGGAAACGAAUAUUUACAGAAAAUGUCGCUGCGAUUUUCCUCGACCAGUUACUGAAAAUUUUGUUUUGAGAGACCUCAUUACUUCGAUAGUGGGUAGGAAAACUUUACGCAGUAAGAGUAGAUCGUACGAUCUUCCUCGGAAGAAGUCGGAAAGGUUUAUCAAUGAUUAUAAUCCGGCUAUUAAAUUAGCUUGGAAAGGAAAUAUGGGCAUACAGUUUAUUUGA